AUGUCCUCGCCCACAACCAAGGUAAAUAGUUUGGAAUUUUUCCAUAUUAACUGGAAGGUAUGGAAAAUUAUUGGCUUGCGGUUAUUCAAAAGGGAUGUUCACACUCAACAACGUCUACCCGUGAGCCGUUUAUACCUCUCGUGGUGUAUUGCAGCGAAUUUUGCUGUGACCAUCUUAUUUCCCAUUCAUUUGUCAUUGGGAAUUUUUGAUGAUAAAUCAAAACUGUUCGACGGUCUAAAUGUUACUGUCACCAGCAUAGGGGCCACAGUCAAGUUCUUUUUAAUGGCCAGCAAAAUGAAGCAAAUAGCCCAAAUGGAAGCUCUCAUACAAGUGCUCGAUGCUCGGGUGACACAUCUGGAAGAAUUGGAACAUUAUCGGACGCGCAUACGUCUGAAUAUACUGAAUAUCCAGCGAAUGUACCUUUCACUGUAUAGUGGCAUUGGGGUAGCUUUAGCCGCUUCAAUUCUAUUCAGCAAAGAACGCCGUCUACUCUACCCAGGUUGGUUGCCUUUUGAUUGGCGAACUUCGACAGGGUACUAUGCUUUGGCUAUGCUCUAUCAGUUUUUUGGUUUUGCCAUUCAAAUAUCGCAGACAUUUAGCAAUGACAGCUUUGCACCCAAAACCUUAUGCAUUCUGUCGGCUCACAUUGAACUUUUAUACAAGAGAGUGUCCCGCAUUGGUUUUGAUGGUCCUUAUGCAGGAGAUUCUGGCAGCAAAGCAGCCCUAGUGCAGCAGGAGGAGGAACUGAAACGAUGUGUUUUGGAUCAAAUUAAUUUGUAUGAGUAA